AUGAAGAGCGCGCUGAUCGCCGCGGCUGCCCUUGCUGGCUCCGCCCAGGCUGGAGUCCACAAGCUGAAGCUCCAGAAGGUGUCUCUGGAGGAACAGUUGGCCGGCGCCUCCAUCGAAGAGCAGGUUCAACAGCUAGGGCAAAAGUACCUCGGUGGUGUUCGGCCCAUGUCCCGAGCCGACGUCAUGUUCAAUACCAAGGCUCCCCAGCCACAAGGUGGCCAUCCGGUUCCUGUCACAAACUUCAUGAACGCUCAGUAUUUCUCCGAGAUAACCAUCGGCACUCCUCCGCAGAGCUUCAAGGUUGUGCUCGACACUGGUAGCUCCAACCUCUGGGUCCCUUCCCAGUCCUGCAGCAGCAUUGCUUGCUUCCUGCACUCGACUUAUGACUCCAGCUCUUCUUCGUCGUACAAGAAGAAUGGCUCCGACUUUGCGAUCCAGUACGGAUCAGGCAGCUUGUCUGGCUUUGUCUCCAACGAUGUCAUGUCCAUUGGUGACUUGAAGAUCAAGAAGCAGGACUUUGCCGAAGCUACCAAGGAACCGGGCCUGGCCUUUGCGUUUGGUCGGUUUGAUGGAAUCCUUGGCCUCGGUUACGACACCAUCUCGGUCAAUCGCAUUGUCCCUCCCUUUUACAACAUGGUCAAUCAGAAGCUUCUCGAUGAGCCCGUAUUUUCUUUCUACCUUGGCAGCAGCGACGAGGGUAGCAUAGCCAUGUUUGGUGGCGUCGACGAGAGCUACUACACUGGCAAGAUUCAGUACAUUCCUCUCCGCCGCAAGGCCUACUGGGAGGUUGACAUCGAGUCCAUCGGCUUUGGGGAUGAAGUUGCUGAGCUUGAAAACACUGGCGCUAUCCUUGAUACCGGGACUUCCCUGAACGUUCUUCCCAGCGCCCUUGCUGAGCUGUUGAACAAGGAGAUUGGGGCGAAGAAGGGCUUCGGCGGCCAGUACACCAUCGACUGCGACAAGAUCGGAUCUCUACCCGAUAUUACCUUUAACCUUGCUGGCUUCAACUACAGCCUUCCUGCUUCUGAUUAUAUCCUAGAGCUUCAAGGUAGCUGCGUUUCUACCUUUCAGGGUAUGGAUAUUCCUGAGCCGGCUGGACCUCUAGUCAUUUUGGGCGAUGCCUUCCUCCGCCGAUACUACUCUGUAUAUGAUCUCGGCAAGCAUGCUGUCGGUCUCGCUCGGGCCAAGUAA